AUGCCUUCUCGGGGUGAAUACACAGUGGGCUGGAUCUGUGCCAUCCGCAAGGAGUACGUCGCUGCCCGAGCUUUUCUGGACGAGACAUACCAAGAAAUAUUUGAGCUUUCAACGCAGGACAACAAUACUUAUACCUUCGGCAAGCUUGGAGCCCACCUUGUGGUUAUAGCUGUCUUACCUGAUGGCAUUUAUGGUAUAAGCUUUGCUACGAGCGUCGCGAUUGACAUGUUGCAUAGCUUCCCGAAUAUUAAAAUCGGCCUCUUGGUUGGUAUUGGUGGAGGUGCGCCCAGUCAACGUCAUGAUAUCCGCUUAGGCGAUGUUGUUGUCAGUACCCCUGGUAAUACAGCCGGUGGUGUGAUCCAAUAUGAUCUCGGUAAAACUAUUCAAAAUGAAAGCUUCGUAUAUACAGGUUUUUUGAAUCAGCCACCGACGUGUCUACUCACGGCUGUGACUGUGCUCCAGGCCAAAUAUGACACCGAGGGCCAUCAACUCGACGAAUAUAUAUCCAAUGUCCUAAAGAAGAACAAAAGAUUACAAAAGGAGUAUCAAAGGCCGCAUUCAAGCACUGACAAGCUUUACAAAUCUGAAGUUGUUCAUUGCCAAAGCGAUACAGCAGGCAGUGCGCGAUCAAUGUUUACGGUAUUGGCAAUGAAGUGCAAUGACGGCAACUCCAAUUUAGUCAUGCGCCCUGAGAGAAGUGGAACGGACGAUAGCAUUAUGAUCCACCACGGCUUAAUUGCAUCGGCAAACCAACUCAUGAAGGAUGCUUUAAUACGCGAUAAGCUUGCAGCAGAAAAGGGUGUUCUAUGCUUCGAGAUGGAAGCUGCAGGUUUGAUGAACCACUUUCCUUGCUUGGUCAUUCGGGGUAUAUGUGACUAUUCGGACACGCAUAAAAAUGACCAGUGGCAAGGCUAUGCAGCAAUGGCAGCAGCAGCCUAUACAAAAGACCUUUUAUGUUGUUUAUCGCCGUGCCGGGUAGCAGCAUAUAGGGAUGCGAAGGGGAAUGAGGAAGACAAAUCCAUUCGCGAAUGGCUUGCAGGCAUUGACUACUCCAAGGACCAGAAAUAUUACCUGGAUAAAUGGCAAAAAGGGACAGGUGGGUGGCUCAUUAAGUCAGAAGAGUUUGGAAAAUGGUUGGAAAAGGACAACCAGAUCCUUUUUUGCCCAGGUAUUCCUGGUGCAGGCAAGACUUUCGCUGCCUCUUUCAUCAUUGAUCACUUGUGCCAGAAAUAUCAGAGGGACGCGGACAUGAACAUUGGUAUCGCCUAUGUAUACUUCGACUGGCGAAAGCCCCCGCUCUCGCGUAGUGAUCUGCUUUCAAGCCUCCUUUCGCAGUUGAUUCGGCCUUCUAUUCCAGAGAUUGUAAGAAGAUUUUACAACCAGCAUAUAACCCGAACUACCCGACCUUCAUCGGAUGAUAUUAUGGAUAUCUUGGUGGAAGUCGUUGGUAUGCACACGAGGACCUUUAUAAUCGUUGACGCGCUGGAUGAAUGCAAUGGUUCUGUCGGGUCACGGUCAGAUGUCCUAGCAACAUUGUUCAAUCUGCAGGACAAAAUCCGUGCGAACCUCUUCGUGACGUCCCGACAUAUACAUGCAAUAGAGACAGAAUUUGACGAAAGAGGGAGUAUCGUGCUCGAAAUUCGCGCUCGAGAUGAAGACAUCCGGAGAUAUCUCGACGGCCAUAUAGCUUGGCUACCAAAAUUUGUUCUGGAGAAACCUGGAUUGGCAGAAAAGAUCAUAUUGGCAAUUAUCAAAGCAGCUGAUGGGAUGUUCCUCCUCGCAUAUCUUCAUUUGCAGUCAUUGAAGGAUACGAUAACCAUCUCCGAGAUCAAAAGGACCUUAGAAAUGCUACCUAAAGUAUCCGGCGCAUACGAUGCGGCUUACGACAGUGUUAUGCACAGAAUUGAACAGCAGCCAAUGAACCGCAGAAUACUAGCUGCUCAGAUUCUUUCUUGGAUAUUUCGCGCACGGCGACCGUUAGGAAUCAUCGAGCUACAGCAUGCCUUAGCUGUUACAGAAAACUCAUCCUCAAUUGAUUUAGAUAAUAUCCCAGCCAUUGACAUAAUAGUCGAUGUUUGUGCUGGUUUGGUCACCACCGACAAAAGCCGUGGAACAAUCCGCCUGGUCCACUUCACAGCACAGGAGUACAUUGAUCAAUCUUGGAUAGUACGGUUUCCCGAUGCCGAUGUGAAUAUUGCAAAGACUUGUCUGGCCUACCUAUCAUACGAAACAUUCGAAAGGGGCCCAACUACGACUUGGGAAGAAUACCGACAGCGACUAAAAGACAAUCCGCUUUAUGAGUAUGUCGCACGGUAUUGGGGUUUCUAUGCUAGGGAGUCCUAUCUCGAAGUCAAACAGUUAACAUCAUAUUUCCUGCGGCAUAGCUCAGUACUGGCUAGCGCAGCGCAAGUUAUACUGGAAGAAGGAUCUCUCUUCCGCCCGUUGAGGAAACUGGAAGGGAUUAUAGGGUUGCAUAUCGCCGCAUAUUUCGGAAUAAACCAUGAAGUUAUAGACUUUCUAAAGGAUACGUCAGGGACCGCUAUGGUGGAUAGUUUUGGUCAUACCGCUCUACAUUGGGCAGUAAUGGGAGGACAGCUUCAGACAGUUGAAGUUCUUCUACAAGGGGGGCUCGAUGUUAAUGUGACAGAUACUGAGAUGAGAUCUGCGUUGCAUUACGCAGCAAGCCAAGGCGAUGCUGUAUUGACACAUCUCCUGUUAAGCAAAGGUGCACUUACCGAGAUUCGGGAUAUAGAUGGACAGACGCCCUUACUGGCUGCCGCAGACAAGCUCAGUAUUGCGGCGAUCAAGGAGCUAUUAAAUGCUGGAGCCUUUGUCAAUGCCAUAGAUACAAUGAGUCGGAAUGCAUUACACUUGGUAGUGCUUGCCGCAAAGGAUCAGAGCGCCCAUCUCGCCCACUUGCUUUUAUCUUGGGAUAUUGAUGCCAGCUUGGCCGAUUUUGAUAACAUGACCCCGCUGCAUUAUGCAGUUGCAACAGGAAAUCGCCAAGUUGCAGAUACACUUCUCCAGGCGGGCGUCGAUAUUAAUAUUGGCGUUGAGAGAAGCCUUUGCACGAUUAGAAUGGAAGCUGGGCAAAGAACCUAUCAAAAGCGCCAGCCACCUCAAACAGCAGAAGCGAACAUUACCAACGCUGUUGGGCUCACACCGCUGCAUUUUGCAGCUUGUAGCGGCCACUGUGCAAUGACCGAAUAUCUCCUGGGCAAGGGUGCCAAUCCAAACUCACAGUCUCACGACGGGGACACACCAUUGCAUAUUGCCCUGAAUAGAGGCAUCCUAGGAAGCAGUCCAAGGAGACUGGCAAACGAUGAUGCAUGGACGGACAACAGAUGGCAAGUUGAGCUUAGUGCUGACUAUAUAUCUGACUAUGAAGGAGAGGAAGCACGCGAAAUCUAUGGAUACAUCGAUGAACAGAGAUCAGCGGUAAUUAGUAUCCUUCUUUCAAGAACACUAGAAUCGCCACUUCAUAAAAUUCGCUAUGAUACAAUUGACUCAGAAGUGGCUGUUCAGUCACUGCUCGAGAAGGGGGCCAAUGCUUUUGCACGUAACUGGAAAGGGCAAACAGCAUUACACUUCGCUUGCAGCGCAGGAAGUUCUGCGAACGUCUGCAAGUUCCUUGACUGGGGUUGUUCUAUUACCAACAAGGAUUCAGAAGGUUUGACCGCUUUACAUUACGCCGUGCAGAAGGAUAAGAAUAGAGAGGGAGGCCGACAGCUAUGUCUCAAAACAGACAGACAAGGUAGAUCUUUACUGCAUCACCAUCUCCAAUCAUGUUUCUGCUCCCUCGAGAUGGUCACCAUACUACUGGACCAUGGAGUGAGAGUUGACGAUAUUGACAAAAAUGGAGACACCCCUCUUAGCAUGUACCUGCGGAGCUUUCACUUGUUAUGCCGGUCAGAAAUUUGCCUCUCUCUUCUGCAGCAGGGAGCUAGUGCACUCUGGACAAGCCCAAAAGGUGAGAAUUUAGCGCACCUGUCAAUGCACAAUUGGGACGUGGAGGUCGAACUUUUGAAGAUCUUGUCAGAACACGAUGUGGAUUUGUCCGCGAAGGACAAGAAUAUUCUUGAGUUUAUUCUACAAAAGAAUCUUAUCACCUUGAAUGACAGGGACGAGAAAGGAAUGACUCCGCUUAUGUAUGCGCUGGAAGAGUCCAAGAAAACCCGGCAUCCCAACCUAUUUGCGCCAGAUAGAUGGAAGCGUACAUGGGAGAAUCUAAGUAACCUAGCUGGGGCAAAAGGUUUUAAGCCAUAG